AACAUCGGGAAAUCCACUGUAGAUCACUUAUCACUCUCUCUCUCUCAACCACUUAUCUCUCUCUCUUCAACGGUUUUACUUUCUCAUGUUACUCUUUUACAACGUUAGCAGCUACUAACUCCCCCGCCCUCAACCCCUCCUCCACACUACACUCCGCCGCUCCCACCUCAAUUACUUCCCCAGGCAGCAUAUGGGCUCCACUACUACUCCUACUUCCUCGAUACUCACUCUUCUCACGGAUGACCUCCUCCUCAACAUCCUCUCCCUACUGCCCCACGAUUCCGAUCGCAAAUCCUUCCGCUUCACAUGCAAGACCUUCUACCGGGUUGACUCCCUGCAUCGCACCCACAUCCGGGUCCUCCGUCCCGAGUUCCUCCCCUCUCUACUCUCCAAACUACCCCACAUCGCCUCCCUCGACCUCUCCGUCUGCCCCUCUAUCGAUGACGCCUCCAUCCCCCUCCUCCUGUCCUCCUCCUCCGCCCCGAUCUGGGCUCCAAGGAUUAAGCGCCUGAAGCUGAGUCGUUGCCCCGGCUUGAGAUUCCGGGGGCUGGAAACCCUGGUGAGGUACUGCGUGAAUCUAGAGAGCGUCGACCUAUGUUACUCUUCUGGGUUCGGCGAUCUUGAGGCAGCAGCGCUGUCCGCCUCGGCGGGCCUCAGGGAACUUUGUUUGGACAAGUGUUUGAACAUCGGGGACGUGGGAUUGGCCAAAAUGGCGGUGGGGUGCCCGAAGCUCGAGAAACUUUCCUUAAAGUGGUGCUUCGAGAUAACCGAUAUUGGGGUUGAACUUCUGUCCAAGAAAUGUGGUCAAUUGAAGCACCUCGACAUCUCAUACUUAAAGGUCACGAGCGAGUCGUUGCGUUGGAUUAGUAGAAUGGAGAGGCUGGAGAUAUUGCAAAUGGUUGGGUGUGGGCUGGUAGAUGAUAUGGGGUUGCAGUAUAUUGGAAAAGGAUGCCCUUCACUUCAGGUACUCGAUGUAUCAAGGUGCCACAAAUUGACCCCUUCUGCAUUAAGUUCAGUUGUCAAAGGACACAACUCUUUGUUGCAGCUUCACGCUAGCUACUGUUUUUUGGGUCUUCCCAUUACUUUCUAUGACCAGUUUAAGGGCCUGAAGAAGCUGAAAGUGCUCAGAAUUGAUGGCACCCGACUUUCUGAUGCUACCCUCAAAAUUAUCAGUGAAAAUUGCAAGUUUUUGACUGAAAUUUGGCUGGGAAAAUGCCAAGGAGUUACGGAUGCGGGCAUUAUGCAGCUCGUGUCCGGCUGUGGUAACUUGAAAGUAAUCAAUUUAACAUGCUGCGGUGAUCUUUCCGAUUCCGCAAUAUUAGCUAUAUCAGACUCUUGUCGGGAUCUCUUAUGCCUUAAGUUAGAGUGUUGCAACUUGCUAAGCGAAUGGAGUCUUGACUAUAUUGGGUCGCGUUGCUUCUUGCUUGCGGAGGUUGACCUCACAGAUUGUCCCGGAAUUAACGACAUAGGUCUGAAUUAUCUAUCCAAGUGUUUGGGGCUCAUGUCCUUGAAACUUGGACUAUGUACCAACAUUUCCGACAAGGGGUUGUCCUAUAUUGCUUCGAAUUGCAGAAAGAUUCGGGAACUUGAUUUAUACAGGUGUAAGGAAAUAGGUGACGAUGGCCUAGCUGCUUUAUCAUGUGGCUGCAAGAAAUUGCAGAAGCUGAUCUUGUCUUACUGCGAUAAAGUCACCGACCGCGGGAUGGAGUGUCUAAGCUCUUUAGAGGAACUAUCUGACCUGGAGUUACGAGGUCUUCCGAACAUUACUGGUACCGGAUUGAGAAAACUUGCCGCUGGAUGCAGGAGACUUGCUGAAUUGGAUCUGAAGAGCUGUGAGAAUAUUGACGACUCUGGAUUUUGGGCUCUCGCUUACUAUUCCAGGAAUUUGCGGCAGGUUAAUUUCAGCGGGUGUGCAAUCUCAGACGUGGGCUUAUGCAUGGUGAUGGGGAACUUAACACGGCUUCAAGAUGCAAAGUUGGUGAACCUCGUGAACGUAUCUGUAAGCGGCUUUGAGCUUGCCCUUAGAGCAUGCUGUGCGCGGCUCAAGAAGGUAAAGUUGCUUGCCUCCUUGAGGCGACUCCUUUCUCCUGAAGUAAUCGAGACCUUAGAAGUAAAGGGUUGCAGAAUUAGAUGGGAUUAGAACGUUGUAAUAUACACGUUUUAUGGAAAGAGAUAAAUUGGUUCUGGUGGCGAACCAGGUGAGGUCCGUUUCUCAUUCACGACUUUCUCGACUCCAACAAAACAUAAAGUUCAUGUAAUUGAUUGACGAUGAUAUUACAAUGUCGAUUAGGAAAGGGACUAGAAUGCAACUGUCGUGACGCCAAAUACAACUGAAGGUUACUCUAGUUUCUUUUACUGGGUUGCCUCGAGUAGUGUCGGAAGUUAAUGGUAAAGAAGCUUUCUUAUCAUCUUGCUUUUGUGGGCUUGAGAUAAGAACGUCUACACUGUGUUUGGCUUGA